AUGGCCGGGGACACCGGGAUGGCCGGGAAGCCCAGACCCUCGGCCUCGCUGAGCACCCAGCUCCUGGUGGAGCCCCCCUUGACGCCAGCAGUACUGUGGGACCGGGUGACACUGACCUGCCAGGGCUCAGGGACCACCGGUGCCACCACCUGGUAGAAGGACAGGCGGCGCUGGUGGCAGGAGGGACCCGACAGCUUCACUGUCACCAAGAGUGGAACCUACACGUGUCAUAGACCCAGCAGUGGGCUCAGCCCCACCGUGAAGGUGUCAGAUGAGCCGCUGGUGCUGCAGGUGCCAGCAUGGGCGCUGCUGGAGGGGGACACGGUGACACUGCGCUGCCGGGCCUGGCCAGACAACCCUGUCACCAGGGUGCGAUUUUACAAGGAUGAGAAGGAGCUCAGAGGGUCCCUCAGAGGCACCCAGAUGUCCCUGUCCCCUCUGCAGCUGCACAACAGCGGCUGCUACAGCUGCGGGGGCUUGGUGGGAACAGGAGCAAAAUUGUCAGCACCGGUGACAGUGACAGUGUAUGAGCUCAAGCCUGUCUUGCUGCUGAAAGGUUCCCCCGAGCUCCCCGAGGGGUCCCCCCUCAAUCUCAGCUGCCUCAGCACCCCCAGCCCUCUGCGGCCCCCAGCCCCACUCCUGUACAGCUUCUACCGGGACGGGCAGUUGGUGGGGGGCCCGCAGGGGUCCCCGCAGCUUCUGCUGCCCGCCGUGGGGGUCUCCCACUUGGGGAAUUACAGCUGCGAGGUGCGCUCCGAGGGGGGGGCCGUGCGGAAGAGCAGCGCCCGGCUCGGCGUCACGGUGCGCAGGGUCCCGCCCUCGGGGGUGUCCCUGUCGGUGCAGCCCCCCGGGGGACAGGUGGCAGUUGGGGACCGCCCGGUGCUGAGCUGCACGGUGGCCAUGGGGACAGGUCUCCUGUCCUUCUCCUGGCACCGGGGGGGCUCGGGGACACCGCUAAGCACAGGACCUGACCUGGAGCUGCAGCACGUUGGGGACAAUGACAGCGGCCACUACCAGUGCCGGGGCAAUGGGGACAGUGUGGCCGAGAGUGUCCCCCUGAAUGUCACCGUCUUGGUGCCCGUGGCCAAUGCCACCAUCACCCCUGGUCCCCCGGCACUCCAGGUGUGCCCAGGUGACCCCGUGACCCUGCGCUGCUCGGUGCAGGUGGGCUCAGCCCCUGUCACCUUCACCUGGCUGCACAAUGGGCACGAGGUGGCCCAGGGUCCCCUCCUGGAGCGUGGGGCUGUCAAUGUGGGACAUUCGGACACCUACCAGUGCGUGGCCACCAACCAGCUGGGACAGGACGGGCACCGCGUGUUCCGGGCACUCAGCCCAGAGCUGGCCCUGGAGGUGACACCACAGAGAACCACUGGACACCACUGGAUCACAGCAGUGGCCUCAGGCCUUGGCGGGUCCCUCCUCUUCCUGGUCCUGCUCGUGGGUGGAGCUGUGGGCUGGCACCGGUGGAACAACAUGGGUGGGUGACAAUGGGGACAAUGGGGGCCCUGGAGGGCUGGGGGACCACCAAAAUGUGGGGGUGAUGAGGCAGCACCCACAGCCUGUGACUUGAGCUCAGAGUCUUUCCCAGGGUACUAAAGGUUUUGUGGGGGUGUUGGAAGGCCUUUUUUGGGGGGUUCCUUCAGUGGUCCUGGGAAGAAUUUGGAGGUUGAGCCUUUCUUCCAGGCUUGAGAUUCUGGCAGCAGAGGGGAUGCAGAGCACUGGGGUGGUUCAGUGGUUCGGAGGGCCCCCAAGGAUGCUCAGGGGUGCUGGGGGAAAUUGAGGGUGCAGUGGGGUUUGAGGAUUCCUUAGAGGGGUCAGGGCCCUGUGGACCCCACAGUUACCCCUCCCCUCUUCCCUUUGCAGCUGACAGGAAGCAACAGGAAAGGUGAAUGGGGAGCUCAAACCACACUCUGGCC